GGAAGAGCGCGCUUUGGGUUUCAGUCACGCUAACUGGUUUGUUAUGAGUAAUUCUGUAGAAGAAUCUGAGAUCGAAACAAAUUAUCAUGAAAUAGUCGAUGACUUCGAAAAGUUGAACUUAAAACCAGAGCUACUUCGUGGUAUAUAUGGUUAUGGUUAUGAAAAGCCAUCAGCCAUUCAACAGCGAGCUAUCAAGCCGUCCAUUGAAGGUCGUGAUGUCAUCGCUCAAGCUCAGUCUGGCACGGGAAAAACGGCAACGUUCACCAUCACCAUUUUAGAAAGAAUAGAUAUGUCAUUGAACUCAUGUCAAGCCCUCGUUCUUGCGCCAACUAGAGAACUUGCAAAACAAAUCCAGACGGUUGUGCAACGCAUUGGUUGCUAUUUGAAUGUCAGAUGCCAUGGUUGUAUUGGAGGGACAAAGACUUCACAAGAUAUGGCAUGCCUCCAGCAGGGUCAGCAUGUUGUUGUGGGUACUCCUGGUCGUGUUUUUGACAUGAUGAAUCGCAAUACUCUGGCGACCGCCAAUAUCAAAAUCUUUGUUUUGGAUGAAGCUGACCACAUGUUGGAUCGUGGUUUCGAGCCCCAGAUAAAAGAAAUAUAUAGAUUUUUACCUGAAACCGCUCAAAUCUUGCUUCUAUCCGCUACUAUGCCGAAAUCAAUACUUGCUAUUGCACGGAGUAUAAUGCACAAUCCUGUUAUAAUACUUGUUAAGAAUGAAGAAUUAACAUUGGAUGGUAUCAACCAGUUCUUCAUUAGAGUGUUUAAAGAAGAGUACAAAUUCGAAACAUUAUUGGACCUGUAUAAAGUACUGAGUUUAAGUCAAGUUGUUAUUUUCGUUAACUCUGUACGAAAAGCUACACAGCUUUAUGAUGAUCUUGUACACAGAAAUUUCCAAGUUUCGUGUAUUAAUAGUGACAUGGAACAGGAAAAACGUGAUGCUGUUAUGGAGCAAUUUCGUAGUGGGCAAUCAAGAAUUUUGGUGUCCACUGACGUUCUGGCUCGUGGUAUUGAUGUACAGCAAGUUUCCCUUGUCCUUAACUAUGACCUACCCAGUAAUCGUGAGACUUACAUCCACAGAAUCGGCAGAGGAGGUCGUUUUGGUAGAAAAGGCAUAGCUAUCAACUUUGUCAUCGAUUCAGAAAUGGAAGCUCUAAGUGAUUUGCAACGAUAUUUCAACACAAGUAUUGUGGAGAUGCCUAAUGACAUUGUUGAUUUUCUGUAACUGGUCCCAAACUUUGAGCCCACUUAUACAUUUGAUUUUUGUUCCUAGCUAAGUCAGUUUCAAUUUUUCUUGCUGGAUAUCUGGUCACUAAUUUAUGUGUUCUAUUUUUCCAUCAAACGCACCUCUUUUAUCGCAUUUUAAGCGUUACUGAUUCUUCAACUUUCAUUAGGAUGCUGAAUUGGACAAUAAAAACAGAAUUUGCGCAUUGUGAAUCUCAGUCGUCCGAUUUCAUUAUUACACUUGCUACUCUCUCUGUUAAAAGGCAUUUUCAGUUCUCAACUACAGGUGAUCAUGUUUAGUAAUUAAUUAACACUGAUAACAAGAAUACAAAUACCUAACUGUAUAAAUUUUUAAUUUCAACUUAUAAGUAGAUGUCCAAUGAUUUAGAUGAAAAUUUAGUCAUCUGAACGUUACGUAUGUAAUGUUCUAUUUAGUGUAGUUUGAGGUCGUAACUAUGAUUAGAUUAUAACGAACUAACUAACUAACUAGCUAACUAAAGUUUCUUCCAGUGGAUCCACCCACAAAUAUGCUUUGAAUUAGGAAUAUGUUUUUUUUUCAUAUUCCAUAAACAAAUCUCAAUGUUGAUUUAUCAAUUUAUGUUUGCUCUUAUUUGUAGUGAACUUAAACUCGGCAUUAGGUGAUUCUAAAACUAGACAUACCAUUUCGUAAAUAGAACAAAACCAUUUAUCUUAGGUAGAGUUAUUGUCCUUUCAGUUUGAAGUACCUGAAAUCGGUUCCAGCUAAUAGCAUAUCUAAUGUGGAUGCGUUGCCAUUCUGAAUAUUUUGCUCGAUAUUUACAGUGGUUGACAUCGAAAAUGGAUUUUCAGUUAUGUGGCCAUGCUGACGAAUUAUUAUUUCGUAUACAACCUCGAAUUACCGGUUAUUGUAAUCGACAUGUAAUGAUAGUUUUUCUUAGUUGAAGUAAUGUCUGGUUUGCUAAAUUCUAAUUCUGGCUCCAAUUCACAUUUAAAUAUUUGGUUUUAUAGGAGUAUUCUGUGAAUAGAGUAAAUGGACGAAACUAUCUGUCAAACCAAUGUUCGGCGUUUUCAAGAUUAUUCCGUAGUGAUAAAAAUAGACUAACCCCGGUCGCUAUAAUGAUUGAAUAAAAUUUAUAUUGGUCAUCAAAACUUACAAGCAAAUGUUGUUUUCGAGCAAACGUCCCAGUGGUUAGGUUCUUAUUACGAUGUUUUCCUCCAAAAAGAAAUGUACUAGCUGUACGUAUUUUGAAGACAAGUCAGUCUUGUUAUCAGCCUCUGUAAAUCAGUCCUACUGAGCGAUUUUCUUCAUCACGCGGACUUAAUUGUCUAAACGGAGCUAGUCGUUAUCCAGCUGCUGGUAAUAAGGUGUCUAGAAUAAAUAA